UCACACAAAAUUUAAUAUUACCAAUAAAUAUUGACAAAAAUGGAAAAAGAAGCAUUCUUUGAGGAGUUUGAGAGUAAGAUGCACGAUCUUUUCAUUGAUGGAACUUGUGCCUAUCGGCAAGGAUCAGAAGCCAAUAGUAAUUUGAACAUGAAAUUCCAAAUAAGUACCGAAUAUGCUUCUAAUAAUCCUCCUGCUGUUUUGCCUGACAAUGUUUCAAUCUCUUCAUCCCAAUUUCCGAAUUUUAAAAAUGAAGAUGCAUUCUCACGCUUGAACGAACCUCACACUAAAACUACUUCAGAAAUAGAUUUCCUAAAUUCUGACAUUUUUAAAACUCCUAAAGAAAACAAGGAAUCUAAGAAGGAGAAAUAACAGAAUCAAAGCCAGGGAAACUCGUAAAAGGAAGAAAAAUUACGUAUCUGAACUAGAAGACAAAGUGGCCACUCUUGAAAUUGAGAAUAAAAGGCUUCAUGACCAGAUUGCUUUGCUCCAGAAUCGCCUCUCUGCCAAUGAGCUUGGUGAGGAGAACAAAUCCUUACUUUCUAGAUUGAGGGAUCAAGACCAAAAAUAUCACGAAAAUUUAAAAGAAGGCAAAGGUUUAUGAGAGUACCCCGAUCCACCUGAGGAGUCAGUCAUAGAGUCAGGGAUAAUAGACCCCAGAUCCACUAGUGAAGACAACAAGCUUCACAUAAUUUUUGGUUGAAAUCAACCCAGGAUACACUUUCUCGACAAAGUCUUUGAUAUUAUAAUUGAUAAUCUUCUUUGUGAGAAGUAUCGAUUUAAGUUCCUUCACUGUCAAAGUAGGAGACCGAGCUUCGAUGAGCUCAAGAAGCUUCAGAAAGCUUCCAAGUACCAAGUCCAAGAGCUCUUAAAAGAGAAGAGAAUUACUGAAUACGAUAUCUUGAAUGCUAAAAUGGACUUGAACAAGAAGCAAUACAAUUACUUUGUACAUAAUGCGAAUGAUAAGUUCUUUGAAUUGAGAAAUAGCUUGAUUGAGGCAGUUGCAAAAAUUAAUGAAGCUAGGAACACCUGUACUUAUGUGCUCUCAGAAUUAGAUGCAAUGCAUCAUAUGAUAAAAGAAACCGAUUUAAUUCCUGCUUCUCAAACUUCAGAAGCAGGAAAAUAUAUUGAAGAAAAGAAACUUGGUCUUGAUAUUAAACCACAGAAACUUUUCAGUUAUAAAAAGGUCAAAAAGAUAUUGGAGUUUUGUUAUGACCCAAAAGUAGUAACAAGCUUACAUCCUGAAGAGCCUACCACAGCCCCACCAGAAGUGACCUACAGGACAGAAGUAUUUUAUAAUCAGCCUGCUUGUUAGAUAUAGUUUUCAAUUAUAAA